AGUCGUCCAACUUUUCUCCGGGGUGUUUUAUUCCACCCGUACAAACGGUCAAGCUCCAUUAUGCGGAGGAAUCGCCCUUGUGGAGCUGCAUCCUCUUCUUCGUCUCACCAAAACUACAUCUGAACUCUGAAGGCACCGCAGGGUGUGUGUCUCCUUCACCCCCCGGCCCCAAUUUCUAAGGUGACAAAGUCUUUUCCUCGGCUGAUUCACAACUUGUCUUUUUUCAAGGAAAAAACGACAUCUCAAGAAACUUUUAUUGAACUUAGGCCUCAAAGAGAGAGAGAAUGCAGUUCUUCAGCGGGACGGAGCCACUGUCGCCAGUGGGGAAUCGGAUGAGGUGCAUCUACAUUUUCAACAGGAAUGGGGUGUGCUUGCUGUACAGGGAGUGGCAGCGGCCCCUAAAGACACUGAGCCCCCAGCAGGACCAGAAGCUCAUGUUUGGUCUUCUUUUUUCCCUCAAAUCCUUCACUGCCAAGAUGGACCCAGUCAGUGCAGACAAAGGAAAUCUUGGGGUUCCACAAUUACCAGGGCAGGCUUGCUCCUUUCAUAGCUUUUGUACGAACACUUAUAAACUAAGCUUUAUGGAAACUCCCUCUGGCAUUAAGAUUAUUUUGGUCACUGAUCCUAAGACAAGUGAUCUUCGUGAGCCCUUAAGGAACAUCUACAAUCUUUAUGUUGAAUAUGUUGUUAAGAAUCCACUCUGUGUUCCAGGAAAUCCCAUCAGGUCUGACUUGUUCAAUACAUCUCUAGACCAGUAUGUGAGGAAUUUGGUAUAAAGCUAUUGCUGAUACCUGAUUCAAACGGCAACUCAUUCUUCAAACGAAUCGUGUGUCACUCCCCGUAGUCGAACCUCACUCCUGAAUGUCCUGUGUUUGGCUUUUGCAUCACACUUUGUCAUUGUCUUUUGGCUCUUUAUUUUCAGUUUCACUUUUGGGAGGUCAAUGAGCCAAGAGGUUACAGUCAUGUCUGGCCGCUUCACACAAUGUCUUGAUUGAUGGUGUUUUUUCUUUUAUGAACCAUCGAUUGUUUGACCAAAGAGAAUGUAACGGCCUUCAUUUGAUUGCAUUAUGAACGGACAUGUUUCUGAUAUUUGUGAGAUUUGAAUGCAAUUAAUUCUAAAAUUGUCUC